AAUAGCGAGCACCAGGUAGUGCAAUCGUAGUCCUUCUUUUUCUUCUGAUUGGUUCUCGUCGUGGAAACGAUAGGAAGUUAGGAACAUUCACGCCGUCACAGAAAAUAUGAUCUAACAGGCCUUAACCAUUGAGUAGGCUUUGGUUUUAAGACUUCACCAACGUAACAUUGCAUAACAUAUCAGAAAAGAUCUUGACUCUAUUCAACAAACGAAUACAUAGCAUCGAAGAAGGCUGGAAUGAAACGGAACCGAGUGCGUGUGGAGAAGAUAUUAGAUACUGUUCAUCGAAGUAUAGUUUUGGGCUGUGUUGGAUUGACUGUGUAUGGUUUCUACCUCGCAGGUCUUCGAUUCCACAGAUACUAUACUGUCCUGAAACCAGCAGGAGACGAAAGAAGACGCCUGAAGGAGCUUGAGCUUCUUUCUGAGGGCCAAGAUAAAUCAGAGUUUCUUCUACCUGAGCCACCUCAAUUAGCAAAAGAUAAAUUUUAGUUGCAACCAGAACAUGAUCUGUGCACAUGCCAUGUUUUUGAGAAGGUCUUUUACAUCAAAGACUGUUCCAGAAGCACUCUGGAAAUUAGGAAGACUCAACCACAUUGCCAUAGCAACACCGGAUUUAGCUAAGUCUGCUUCACUCUAUAAGAACAUCCUGGGAGCUGAUAUCUCAGAGCCCCAACCUCUUCCUGAUCAUGGAGUUACAACCAUAUUUGUCAAUUUGGGCAAUACCAAACUAGAACUUCUUCACCCUCUAGGAGAAAAAUCCCCCAUUCAGGGAUUCUUGGACAAAAACAAAUCUGGAGGUCUUCAUCACAUCUGCAUUGAAGUUGACAAUAUUCAAAAUGCCAUGAAAGAGGUGAAAGCUAACGGUAUUCGCUGCCUAACAGAAGAACCGAAAAUUGGGGCCCACAAUAAACCUGUUGUGUUUCUUCACCCUAAAGACUGUGCCGGAGUUCUGGUUGAAUUAGAACAGUCAUAGGCAAGGCAUGAACAUUACACCUAAGUAUAAAGUAAAAUUCGUUUUCUGAUUAAUAAUUUGUCAUUGUGCACCUUGGAGCAAGUUGUGCGGAAAAUCGGAGUUUGUAGAGUAAAUGGAAAAACAGCUUAAA